GACGUUUUCGCCAAAAGAUUCUGUAUGAGAAUUAAUCACAUUCAUGUCGACUCUGUUGGAUACUAACCCGCCGAUGCUAUGGUUACCUUUAUUACGAUUCUGCAGGUGAAUCUAGUGAUGUCCAUCCUGCUCUAUGUGAUGGCCCUUGUGUACCUAUAUGGUAUCCAGGCAUCCAGCAUGAACAGCAGCCGCCAGGGACAGCAUCAGCAGUCGCCAAGUCCUGACCCCUUAAAUUCCCUCAUAAUCCAGCUGCUUCAAGCCGACCUGACGAGAGAAAGGAUCCAGGGGGAUCACAGCCAGCAGGGCAGAAGCCGGGAUACGGAGCAGCAGGAAACCCUCCCCCCUCUCUUGGAACCAAACUUACCUUUCAGGGAUCAGGAGGAUGAGGAGCAGUGGGGGGAAGGGGGCCGCAGUGGUGGGACCAGUGAAUCGGCUGUCGAGCACCAAGCAAUGCUGGUCAGCUCGGACCUCCUGAGAAAGCACAAGAGAUACAUUUCACCUCGGGUAGUGCUAAGUGACCGGCCGCCUCUACAGCCACCUCCUCUGUACCUCAAGGACGACUUCAUAAGCAAUGAACUGGAAGGAGCUGUGGGGGGAAAUAAGACACGGAAGAAGCGUCACACCGAACACAAGAGUUACCGCGGGGAGUAUUCUGUCUGUGACAGCGAAAGCAUGUGGGUGAAUGACAAAACCACUGCUGUGGACAUACAGGGGAAUGAUGUGGCCGUUAUGGCUAAAAUUAAAUUACCUGACAAGAAAGAGAUCAGUCAGUACUUUUACGAGACGAACUGUCGGGACCACCAGUCCCGAGAAAACACGUGUCGGGGAAUUGACAACAAGAACUGGAACUCAAAGUGCAAGACGGCACAGACAUUUGUUCGGGCACUAACAGAAGAUCGAGGCAAAAUGGGAUGGAGGUGGAUACGCAUAAACACUUCCUGCAUCUGUGCGUUGUCCAGGAAACGUCACAGGACGAAACAAAAUUAAGUGAGCUCCACCAAUAACUACCUGCGUGGAGUUCCACCUCCUUGUCUGGGAUUUUUAUUUCCACAGCAACCCCAGCACCACAGGAUUAGGUGUCCUGGGAGCGAACAGCAACUUUCUGCUGCAAAAGAUACGACUGAAGAAACCCAGCGUCCAUUUGAAUGCUAUUUCAAACCAAUGUGCUGCAAGCUGUAAUGAAAGAGCUCAUUUGAGAGUGUUGGAGGGAGGAGAGGCCUGUGCUAAGGAGAACUGUAUAUAUAAAUUAUUUAAAUUAUAUGAAAUGCAUGUAGUGAUACAUGGUUAUCUAUCUUUAUAUGAUGUAUAAAUAUAUUUGUGUUAUUUAUUGAAAGAAGUCUUCCUUAAAGUGAGAUAAGAAAAUAGCUUUAAACUGACUUUUAAGGCUAUAAAACAAAGCUAGGGCUGCAAAGGUGCUUCACAGCAAGACUUUAUAAGUGCCUUCACUGAAGUGUAAGUAACCGGAGACAAAUGUGUUGGCAGCGAGUCUGUAAUAAAGUGACCCUUUGGCAGGGACUCGUACUGUUCCCCCGACCGACACGCAGCCUGCACUUUAAGCCGCAACGACACAGGUGACUCAGGCAGGGGUUGAUAGACGCCCAAAAAUGCAGAUGUUUAACAAAAUACAUGAAAUAUAUUUAUGGACUUCAUAAUGAUGUGAAUCAACAGGGAUUCAAGUAAAUGCACCCACUGUAUCAACUCUUA